CGUCGACUUCUAACGUAACGAAAGAAGUUUUGGCGGAAUUUUUUGGUGAAUUUACAGAAAUAUUUUACUCUUCUUAAAGUAAUAAGAAAUGACAGAUGUUGAGCAAUCCUUUGUAAGUUCAUUAGAAAUACCUGAAGACCUUCCAGUAUCUGGUAUCAGAAUUACUGACGAAGAGCGUGAGAUUGCCAACCAAGCCCAGAUAGAAUUUGAGAACUGUCGUUAUGAGAAGUCUGUCGAAGCCCUUGAUAGCCUGUCUGAGAUUCGACAGAAUGAUCAUAAAGUGAUACAUAACAAGGCAGUGGCGCAGUUCUGUCAUUCUGAAUUCACCAAGACGGAUGAAUUCUACAAGAACUUACUCUCUAUUAAAAAGCAGAUUGAAAACCAGACAGGCGAUGAUGGUGAUGAGUCAGAUGACAUUGAUAUGGCAUAUCUGUUAUACAAUGAAGCUGUUGUUUGUUACAAUUUACGGCAAUACAAUGCAGCAGUCUGUACUUUGAACAGAUUAUUUAAUGUCAUAGAACCUCUAGAUGAGAAUCUUGCUUUGAAAGUAUGUUUGCUUCUUGCUGAGCUUCAUCUUAUCAUGUACAAGCCUGACAAAGCUAGAGUUGUUUUAAGCCACAUAGAAAACUUGAUUUUGGAGAACAUUAAACUGAAUGAGACAUCUCAACAAGGUAAUUCAACAUCAUUAUCAAAAGAUGUUGAUGAAAAUUUAAAAGGAAGAUAUCAUGAGUUAAGAACACGACAGAAUUUAAUGACUAAAUCCAUGAAGGCAUGUAAAAGAGAAAUCAAAGAAGUUUUCAACUCAAACACUACUCCUAAUGGUUUCUUUCUUAAAAGCAACUUUGAAUAUCUACGUCAGAACUAUAGGAAGUCAAUCAAGCUACUAAACAGUGCACCCAAGACAGGCGGCAAUGUGCUUGAGACUGGAGAAAGUCUGAGUACUAUGUACUUUAAUAACCUGGGCUGUAUUCAUUAUCAAAUGCACAAGUAUAACUUGGCAGCGUUUUACUCCAGACAAGCAUUAGAAGAAAAUGAUAAGGCUUUGUCGUCAUUACCACCAUCAGAGAAAAACAACCCCUUACAUAGCUGUCCCUUGGCUACCCUAAGGCUUAGUCAACGGCAUGAAAUCCUGUAUAAUCUUGGUAUACAGUUGUUAUUUUCGGGUAGACCUGAAGCGGCAUUUGACUGCUUGGUUGAAUCGAUACAGACAUACCACACAAACCCAAGGCUGUGGCUAAGACUGGCUGAAUGUUGUAUACUAUCACAUCACAUGAUGGAUGAUUCAGAAGACCAGAAUCGUAUUAGAAAGAGUGACAUUGUCAAGUCUGUCAUAGGUAGUGGGCCACAUCGGAAGAUAAUCUUGGCCUCACUGCUCAAGGAGAAGGGACUUAUCAGUGCCGAUAAUGAAAACAAGUCAGCAGCCAUGCCUGCCUGUACCUUAGAAUUCUCAUCAAUCUGUCUUCAGAAUGCUCUACUAUUACUAAAUGUAGGAGAGGAUGAUUUGAAGUCCAUGCAGCAGAGCUGUACUGUAGAAAACCAUGUUGAGAAGCAUGAUUUUGAUGGUUUGGAAAUGAAUGGCUCAAUUGAGAGUGAUAUGCCAAGGAAAAUGUCUACAGGUUCUGUAGAGUGCAGUAUCUUGGCUCUUCCUGGACCACCUAUCAGGUUAAAAGAAAUACCAAACAUCAGGUGUGCAAUGCUAUGUUGUAGUGCAUACGUAUCCCUGGGAUUAGGAGACAAUGUGACAGCUUUGGUUCAUGCACAAAGAUUACUUGAACACACUAAUAUUUCAGGAUCACAUAAAUUUUUAGGACAUUUAUAUGCAGCCGAGUCACUUAUCAAAUUAAACCGUAUUUCAGAAGCAAUUAUGCACUUAUCUCCAGAUAAUGUGAAUGAUAUAGAUAUAGGAGGACCUGUGGUUGAAUGCCCUGGAGGAGGUUCAGAAAAGGUAGACAAAGAAAGAGAUACCAGACCACACUGUUGUGGGAAGAUUGAUUUUCCACAGUCUUCUAAUGAAGGCAAAGCUGCUCUACUUUGUAACCUUGCAAGUACAUAUUGUCUGAAGAAUGAAUAUGACAAAGCAAAGCGCUGUCUAAGUCAGGCAGGUUCACUGGGUGCUCAGAAGUCUCUAACAGCUAGAAUGGUUUUAUUAGCAGUUUACAUUGAAUUAAAGUGUGGUAAUGUUACAAAUGCACUUCAGAUUAUCAAGAAAAAUCAGUUUCUACAGUUCAGUAAUGGUAAAGUGAAACAAUCUAAACGACUCAGUGACUACUGGAAAACUUGAUGAUUACCUAGUAAUAUCCAUUAAUAUUAUCUUAUUCUUAAUUAAAUGUGCUUUGUCUAUCUUCUCUCUGGAAAACUUUGAAUAUUUUAACUGUAUUGUGACAAAUACAAAUAUUAAUACUGCCAAUUUAAAUCAACAAAAAUUUAUUUUUGUGAUUCUUUAUUCUAUUAAAAUAACUUUAUCAGAUAGAUAGCAAUGAAUUAGCCUUCUACAUGUACACACAAUGCUUUGCCACCCAUUAGGGAAAGGAAUGUUCUGCUUAAGCAUGCAGACAUUCAUGGGAAAUGAGGCAUUGUGUGACGACCCUAAGCACGUAAGAGGCUCUGUUGGAAACUAAAAAGCUAUUGCCCUAACAUAAAACAAGAAUAAAUUCCUGGUAGAUAUCUAAAUUUCAAUUUUAAAUUUAAAGCAAGGAAAAAAAUUCCUUGGGAAGUGUUUGUUUCAUUACAUGCCUUGACAUUAAGGCAAGGAAAAAAUUCUAGAAAGAAGAUUGAUAAGCAUGUUUACAUAAAUGUAGCAUGUUUCUAAAUACUAAAAGAUUUUAGAACCAUAAAAAUACUGUCACUAUAAUAUUGAAAAAGCUGUUGUUCAUAACAAAUUAAUAAUCGGAAAUAACAGCAUUUCCAUGACAUUUCUAAAUAGAUUAAUAAAGCUAUUUUGGAUGACUAA